AAUACCACAGAGGUACAAUACAACAGUACAAUACAACAGAGACCCAAAACUCAGUAGGACCAGCCACAUAUACCUUGCUGAUAAGUUUAGAGGCUGGGUAUUCUGUGGCAAAUGUCUUACCAUCUGAUAUUCUAAGGCCAUUUCAGCAUCAACAAGGCAUAAAUCAAGAGUGCAAUGGAAAAGCCUUCACUUGCCUGGAUGAGAGUAAUACCAACAACUUUCAGGAAUCCCAACAGUAUCCUGCUGCCUCGCAGUGCCACAGACCCAAGUUUGAUCCUGACUUUGGGUGCUGUCAGUAUCUAUUUUGCAUGGUCUCUCCGUGACCAUGUGGUUUUCUGCCUGAUGCUCCGGUUUCCUCCAAUAUCCUAAACACUGUGCGGGGUCAUGGGUUAAUUGGCCUCUUUAAAUUGCCCCGAGUGUGCAGGGAGAAGAAAUGAAAAUGGAAUAACAUGGAAGUAGUGUGAACAAGUGAAGGGUCUCAACCCCAAGGGGUCCCAGUCUGAAGAAGGAUCUCGACCCGAAACGUCACCUAUUCCUUCUCUCCAUAGAUGCUGCCUCACCCGCUGAGUUUCUCCAGCAUUUUUUGUCUACCUUCAAUUGUACCAGCAUCUGCAGUUCUUUCUUAAAUAUAAACAAGUGAUCGAUAGUCUACGUGGACACUGUGGCCAAUGGGCCUGUUUACGUGCAGUAUCGCUAAACUAAUCUAAACUAAACUAUCCAGGACAAAGCAACCCUUUACAUUGGUAUCCCAUUAACCACCCCCACAUUAAUCCCUUCCAUCAUCAGCACCCAUAGUGGCUGCAGUGUGUACUGUUCACAAAAUGCAUUGCAGUGACUUACACAGUCUACACUGACAAUACCAACGAGAAGGACAAGGGCAGCAGGCACAUGUAACUACCUACAGAUUCCCCUCUGAGUCACAGGCCAUCCUGACUCGGAAAUAUAUGGCCAGUAUUUCAUUGUCACUGGGUUUAGAUUCUGGAAUUCCCAACCCAGCAUUGCUGUGAGAGGUUCAUCAGGACUGCAGCAGUUCAAGAAGGCAUCUUAGAACCAUCUACCCAGGGGAGUUAGGGGUGGGCAAUAAAUCCUAACCUUAUGAUGCCCAUAUCCUGAAAAUGAAUGUUAAAAAAUAGCCCUGGGAACGGUCUUGACAGAGUGAAAGGCCUCCUCCUAUUCCCACCUCCCUGCCUAAACCAACCCAGACAUAAUAUGAAUUUGGAAGUGAACCAGUUUACACUUUAGUACAGGCUUGUGUUGCUCUGUCUGCAAACAUUUUUGAUGUGUUUAUAAUUCAUACAAGACAUUGAAAUAUAAAUAAUUGGAUUAUUUUUUCAAGGGAUUGCAAACACAAGGAAACAAUGUAGUUAUUGGAUGACAAAAAACGUCAAUAUAACUUUUCAGUAAAUGAAAAAAGUACUACAGAUGCUGGAAAUCUGAAAUAAAACAAAGUGCUCUCACACCUCCAACAUUGACUACGUUUCUCGCUCCACAGAUGCUGCUUGACCCCCUGAAUGUUCUCAACAGUUUAGGUUUUAUUUAAUAUAAUUCUUCAUUUCAGGAAAUGACUUGCAACGCCUUUGCUGCUGUAAUAUGAAACGCGAGCAAUUAAAUAAUUGACACUUUAAUUUGUUUCAGUUAUUGGAUGUGGCAUAAAUACGGGGCGGGGGGUGACCCCGUACUUGCACCACUAUCUUUUACAAGCGCCGGAGAGAGCAGUCAAAAUAAAGCCCCCUAUGUUCAGGGCUCAUUGUAGUGUAAGCUUGGGUUUGUCCGCUCCUUCCUGCCGUGCGAUUUGAACCCCCAAUGACUUGGUUUCAGAAGUAAGUAGGAGGGUCAGAGGCCUCACUGACAGCACGAUGAGUGAACGCUGGCCAGAACUGGAUAUCAGCCCGCGAACCAUCACUUUCAGCUACCCAGCUGCAAAGAGGUCUUCGGCUUGUUAAUGGCAGCUGAGCAAUCUGUAAUUCGGAUCUUCCUUGAAGACAAUUAAACUCCGCACCAUUUCUUGCAAGUUGCGAAGUGCUUAUGGAUUUUUAGAUCAUUCAGGCUUGUCAGGGGCUGUCUGCCAGAAAUAGUCAGCAAUCCCUCACCAUUUUUGCUCAGUUGAUUGCUGCGUGCGUACUUGCGUCUGUUGAGACCAUUAGCGAGCGGCUGUGAAUGUGUCAGAGAGUGCGGACACGUGUAGUAGACGGGCGCAGCGCACAAGGGGACGCGGAACAGCCGCUACACUUCAGCCCGGGGCAGUCAGCGCGGUCCCGCUACAGGUUUCAGCGCCAGUCACCCAGUUGAACCGCCCCACGAGGAGCCAUUCUCACAACACAUCUUGCCAUGGUCUAGUCUUGGGCUGCUGACAGCGCUGGUCGUAUUGUUGCUUCCAGCCCGAGUUUAACAUUGUUUAACCGAGUUUAACAUUGACACGGGCUAACGCCGAAAGAUGAUAAUCCGCCUCGUCCCGCUCAGUGCGGUGGCAUCUGCUGAUGUGGCGUGAACCUGGAAUCUCCCUCGCCGGAGUGUGAGAGCGAAGGACAUCCUCUUGACAGUUUGCUCCGUGGACAUUCAUUCAAUUCCCUCCACUACACUUUGCAACUGACCGCAAGAGACUGGUGCAUGUGGAUAGUCAAUGCAUCAACUAUGGCAGACUCAGUAUUUUUUGAGAAACCGGCCCUAUGCGUGCCAUAAGAUUCUUCUCUUCUGCAAGGCAACUAGUGGGUGACUUUACCUGGAACAGUAUGUCUGGCCGCAGUGUUCGACUGAAACCAGUCCCUAUUCAAAGCCUCUCAGAGCUGGAGAGAGUACGCCUUCAGGAAGUGGCUUUUUAUCGGCUGCAGCAAGACUACGACUUGGGCUGCCAGGUUACAAUUCCAAAAGAUGGACAAAAACGGAAAAAAUCCCUGAGGCGGAAGUUGGACUCGCUGGGCAAAGAAAAGAACAAGGACAAAGAAUUUGCAGCGCAUGCCUUUGCAAUGCCAUUGUCUCAAGUGAUUGUCAAUGAUCGAGCCCAUAAACAAAAGCAGGAUGCUCUGAGAGAGGAGCAGAAGGGCCAUUUGGACCUGGUGGCAUCAGUCUUGUCAUUUGGAUCCAAAAGACCCAACAAGGAACUCUCAAGCAGCAAUUCAUCUCUCAGCUCAACCUCAGAAACUCUCAAUGAACCAACAUCACCCAAUACGCCUGAAGCUGCUCAGCGUGUGAGAAGACGGGGUGGGAUGUCUGUGGAUUCCAUCACCGACCUCGAUGAUGAUCACUCUCGACUAUUGGAGGCACUACAACUUUCUCUCCCCACGGAAGUGCCAAACAAGAAAGAAAAGCAGAGAGACAAGAAACUAAGCCUAAAUCCUAUUUAUCGCCAGAUUCCUAGAUUAGUGGACAGCUGCUGCCAACACCUAGAAAAGUAUGGUCUUCAAACAGUAGGAAUAUUCAGAGUUGGUAGCUCAAAGAAAAGAGUAAGACAGCUACGAGAAGAGUUUGAUCGAGGUGCCGAUGUUAUUCUUGACGAGGAGCACAGUGUUCAUGAUGUUGGGGCCUUGCUGAAAGAGUUUUUGAGGGAUAUACCAGACCCCUUACUUACGAGAGAACUCUACACAGCAUUCAUCAGUACACUUUUGUUGGACCACGAUGAGCAGCUCAGUGCCUUGCAACUUCUCAUUUACCUCCUCCCUCCGUGUAAUUGUGACACCCUCCAUAGACUUGUGGAGUUUCUUGCCAUGGUAGCAAAUCAUGCUGAAGACGUCCAGGAUAAAGAUGGACAGGAGGUCACUGGGAACAAAAUGACUUCACUUAAUCUUGCCACAAUCUUUGGCCCCAACCUCCUCCAUAAGCAGAAGAGUUCAGACAAGGAGUUCAGUGUCCAAAGUUCAGCUCGGGCUGAGGAGAGUGCUGCCAUCAUCACUGUCGUUCAGAAGACAAUUGAAAAUUAUGAAAUAUUAUUCAUGGUUCCCCCGGAGCUACAGAAUGAGGUGCUGAUGAGCUUGUUAGAGACGGAUCCAGAUGUUGUGGACUACUUGCUGCGGAGGAAAGCAUCACAGUCGUCGAGUCCAGAUUUGAUAAGGGCAGAAGUCUCUUAUACUUUGGGAGGAAGACACUCGUCUACUGACUCCAACAAGAUCUCAAGUGGAGAGGUCUCACCCUAUGACAACAACUCUCCAGUACUCACAGACAGGCUAUUUGUGCAAAGGCCAGAUGACCUCAGCACUGGUUCUGAGAAACUCUAUAAAGUUCCUGAACAAUAUACUUUAGUUGGACACUUAAAAUCCAAAUCCAGGGACAGCUCUCCUGUUUCAUGGCCUGAGAAAGGUUUGUAUGGCGAUAUUUACCAAAGCAGCCCAUUACAACAAAGACAGUGUUCUCUCUCGCAGGGGAACCUCACAGUGGACUGGCCUAUGCCUCAGGCUUCUUCCACCUUGUCCCUGGACAAUACAAAGCUGCCUGUGCGAAGAACUCAUACAACUGCAGGGGCACCAGAGUGCCGGGGCCACCCUCCUGUGAGUCGUAUCUGCAGUAGUCCUCAAGUGGCAGGAAGUAAGAAAAGUAUUCAGCGGAUCCCAGAUUCACUGUGCCUCAGGCGUGACCUGCGUUCCACUGGAAGUGCAGAAGAAAUUCUUCAGAAGACCUCAGAACCCUCUUUCUUGCACAAGAAGCCAUGGUUGACCUGUUUCAAGCAUGGGGACAUCAAUCGCAAUGAGACUCGGCCCCCACCCCCCUACCCCAGUGCACUGAGGCAAAGUUCUUUGAGUAACUCCAUUGCACAUCAAGAACAAGUUCAAAAGACCCAGCAAAGCUCAGCGCCGGCAGCAGAACUGGAGGCAACAUCGCUUGGGCAGUCAACAGCCAAGCCCAAAGAGCAGGUCUCGGUUUCCUCCAACAAUGAGAAUGAAACCUGGUCCAAUCAGUCAAACAAUAAGAACAACUUAACAGAACCUAACUGGGUGGAGUGGCAAAGGGAACGAUGGCAAAUUUGGGAGCUUCUAUCCACGGACAAUGCAGAUUCACUACCAGAAACUCUAGUAUGAUAGCUUGAUCUGCUCGUAAGCAGGCUUUAUGUGGAUGUCAUUUUAAUAAUUUUUUAAAAAUCAAAUUCAUCCUAUCAUUUACACAAAGCAUAUUUUUAUAUUUGUGUGAUAUUUUAACUUUUACUCUUCAGGUGUAAAACUACACAGUCUUUAAUAUUCACGUAAAAGCCAGUGUGUCUGUCAGCACCUAAAACACAAGCAUAGGACAAUACAUUUGAAUGUUGCUUUAUGCAUAAACUAUACAUGAAAUAUAUAAAUAUCUAUUCUGUGUUUUAUUUUCCAUUGAUUUGUAUUUAUAUGUAUAUGCUUGGAUCAUUGUAUGUUUAUGAACGAUUAUUUCAGAGCCACAUUUGGAGG